AUGGCCGACAAUCGAGUUCCGAUCAAUUACCAAACGCCUCCUUUUCCGUCCCUUUAUGAGCUCUUCCCGACGAAGAGUACUGGUGCAUACUACCUCUACUACAACAAGGACAUUUGGCGUUUUACUCUGUACUGGACCUUGAUCUUCUAUGGCGCAAGCCAUCUACUGGUCGCGGCAUGGGCUGUGGCCAUGCAAUGCAGAAGCUGGAAAGCCUGUCUUGCGGUUCCCUUAGUAUACAUGGUCAUAGGUGGAUUGGAGGCGCUUUUAGCGGGGAGUAUCAUUGGCCUCGUCUUAGGUGCAGUUUAUGAAGCGGGUAAUUUCAGGAUGUCGACCUGGAUCCCCCUUUUGUGGGGUGGUAUCAAUGUGUUGGUCCUUAUCCUAUCUAGCUUCCCUAUCCCAGGAGGACUAUGA